AUGCGCUAUGUCAUCGGCCGGGAAGACGGCACCGAUCGUGAGCCGACGCGGACACAAAGCCGCGAUUUUGCUCCUUUUGAUGCUUCCACACCGGCGAUGAGCAUCGAUUACGAUGCCAAACGAUGGCCGUUGUGGAAACGGAUCUACCACACCACCGCGGUUGCCACACUGGCCUUUGCAGUCACGUUGGCAUCCUCUACGAUUACGCCAGCGAUAUUUGAGAUUCAAGAUCACUUCCACACCACGCGAGAGGUGGCAACGCUGUCUCUAUCCCUUUAUGUACUUGGUCUGGCUCUAGGGCCAAUGUUGGCGGCUCCGGUCUCAGAGCUAUACGGACGUGCUGUGGUUUACAGGACGACAGGCCUCUUGUUCAUUCUUUUCCUGGUGGGUGCCGGCUUCAGCAAGUCCCUAGGCUCUUUACUGAUAUGCCGUCUCCUUGCUGGUCUCGCUAGUGGUCCGGUCCUGGCUGUCGGUGCGGGCACGAAUGCGGAUCUGUGGCCGCCUCAACACCGGGCCCUUGCGGUGGUGUCGUACGUGAUGAUGCCGUUCCUUGGACCCUCGCUUGGACCGGUCAUCGGGGGCUGGAGAUGGACCCAAUGGUGCGCAACAUUUGUCGCUAUCUUGGCUUACGCACUCGUCCUGCCCAUGCACGAGACUUAUCUGAAAAUCAUUCUCCAACGACAACGCACGGCCAAGGGCACAUCGUCCGGCGAAAGCAGCUUUGCGAUCUUGAGGAGAUCCGCCAAAGUGAUGAUUUCACGUCCAUUUCACAUGCUUGUGAUGGAGCCAAUCGUCAUCUUCCUGAGCCUCUAUAGUGCGUAUACCGUUUCGCUACUUUAUGCAUUCUUUGCGGCCUAUCCAUACACUUUUGCAAAGGUCUAUGGGUUCAACGCCUGGCAAUCUGGUCUGGCUUUUCUGGGUAUCACGCUCGGUGUACUCUUGGCGGUCGCGACGGCCAUAUCCAUCGAUCGAUUCGUAUACUACAAAAAGUUUUUGGGAGCCGUGCGUGAGGGGAAAGCUGCGCUGCCGCCUGAAAAUCGUCUUUACGCAGCGAUUCUGGGCUCGCUUGGAGCGCCAAUCGGGCUGUUCUGGUUCGCAUGGACGGCGCGACCCUCGGUCCACUGGAUCUCUCCAGUCUUAGCAGGAGUGCCGUUCGCUUGGAGCGUGCUCAACGUUUUUGUGAGUGCUUCAAUGUACCUCGUGGAUGUCUACGGACCGCUGCAGGGGGCGUCUGCCGCGGCUGCCAACGGGUUCUUGCGUUAUGUACUGGGUGCGGUUUUCCCGUUGUUCACGAUUCAGAUGUACGAAACAUUGGGCAUCGCAUGGGCAACGUCUUUGCUUGGAUUCAUCAGCCUCGUUAUGAUGCCGAUCCCAUGGGUGUUCUUUAAGUACGGGCCGAGCAUCAGGAGCAAGAGCCGAUACAAUGUGUCGCAGUUGUAG